AUGUGGCAUAUUGUCAAAUUUGAUGUCAAAAAAAUUGUACUUGUAGCAUGUAGAUACUGGCGGUUCCAUAGACCCGGACAGCUCGCGUCUCACUACAAAUCGAAGGGCCCAGCACCCAGACCCAUUUUCCUCCAAAGUAAAAUCGGACGGCAACCCUCCUCUCGUUGUUGCCCAUUUCUAAGGACAUGGAUAAUUAUUAAGGUGGACCCACCGCUUGAUGAAAACUUGGAGCAGUGGCCACAUAUGAACGAACUUGUUCAAAGCUAUGGUUCUGAAUGGGUUAAAGAUGAUUACAAGUAUGGGCACUAUGAAAGCAUUGCCCCCAUCUCAUUUCACAAUCAGAUAUUCGAGGGACCUGAUACCGAUAUUGAAACAGAAAUGCAUCUUGCUAAUGCUAGAAGAACUAAGAUAGAAGAUUCCACCGAUGAAGAAAUGCCUAGUACAUCUAGGCAUCACUUUUCAGAAGAAAACGUCUACGAGUCAUCAAAUGCAAAAAUUUCCAAGCAUUUUGGGGAAUCUCCUUUGCCAGCUUAUGAACCUGUCUUUGACUGGGAAAAUGAGAGAUUAAUGAUCUUUGGGCAAAGAAUUCCUGCAACUAACACAUCUCAGUAUACCAGUGGGCUAAAGAUUGCAGUGAAAGUGUUAUCCUUGACAUUUCAGGCUGGGCUUGUUGAGCCAUUUUAUGGCACAAUUUGUUUAUAUAAUAGGGAGAGAAGGGAAAAACUUUCGGAAGAUUUCAUUUUCCGCAUGUUGCCAGCUGAAAUACAAGAUACUAGCAGUUCUUCUGAAGCACGUUGUAUUUUCCAUCUAGAUGCUCCAUCAGCAUCAGUCUGUCUGCUUAUCCAGUUAGAAAAGUCAGCUACUGAAGAAGGAGGCGUGACUACCUCUGUAUACUCUCGUAAAGAACCAGUUCAUGUGACUGAAAGGGAGAAGCAAAAACUGCAAGUCUGGUCUCGUAUCAUGCCUUAUAGGGAGUCCUUUGCCUUGGCAAUCAUCCCACUUUUUGAUAGUGGUGUUACCAUUGUUUCUGGUGGAUCUACAUCCCCCAGCAGUCCACUCACUACUAGCAUGUCAGGUUCAAAUUUUCAAGAGGGUGCUCCUGAACCAGUUGCAAAGAUCACAUUAGAUGGAAAGCUAGGCUACUCAAAUGGAAACUCUGUUGUGGUUGAAGUGUCAAAUCUAAACAAAGUUAAAGAAUGCUAUACGGAGGACUCGAUCCAGGAUCCUAAGCGUAAGGUUCAUAAACCAGUGAAGGGUAUCUUAAGGUUGGAAAUUGAAAAGCUCCAAGCUGGCAUUGUGGAUUUUGAGAAAGCUUUGGACAAUAGAAGUAUAAACCCUUAUCUGGUGGACCAUGGGAAUCGCUUAACUGACCCUGGAUCUGAUGGACCUCAGAAUGUUGAUUUAGAGUCACAUUCCUUUGAUAGGAAAGAGCUGGAUCAAAAUGGAUCAACUUUUCACAGAAAUCCUGAUAUUGACAAUGACUUCCAAGCAUUCGACUUCCGUACAACAUCAAGGAAUGAACCUUUCUUGCAGCUUUUCCAUUGCCUUUACGUCUAUCCCUUGACAGUUAGCAUUAGUAGAAAAAGGAAUUUGUUUAUACGGGUUGAAUUGAGAAAGGACGAUGUAGAUAUCCGCAAACCACCUCUAGAGGCAAUGCAUCCGAGGGAACCGGGCGCUGUACUUCAGAAAUGGGCUCAUACUCAAGUUGCUGUUGGGGCUAGGGUUGCUUGCUACCAUGAUGAAAUCAAAGUUUCUCUACCUGCUGUUAUGACCACGAUGCACCACCUCUUGUUCACUUUCUUUCAUGUCGACCUUCAAACAAAACUAGAAGCUCCAAAACCUGUGGUGAUAGGAUAUGCUUCUCUACCCUUAUCCACCCAUGCACAGUUAAAAUCUGAAAUUUCAUUACCCAUUAUGAGUGAAUUGGUUCCGCAGUAUCUCCAAGAUAGUGGCAGGGAGAGGGUAAAUUACUUGGAGGAUGGGAAAAAUGUAUUCAGACUUAGGCUACGACUAUGUUCAUCAUUAUACCCAAUUAGUGAGCGCAUCAGAGACUUUUUCCUUGAGUAUGACAGGCACGUCCUUCGAACUAGUCCACCUUGGGGAUCUGAGCUUCUUGAGGCCAUUAACAGUCUGAAGAACGUUGAUUCUACAGCUUUGCUUCAGUUUCUUCAACCAAUUCUGAACAUGCUUCUCCAUCUCAUUGGCAAUGGUGGAGAGACUCUACAGGUUGCUGCCUUCAGAGCUAUGGUUAACAUUUUAACCCGGGUGCAGCAGGAGUCAGUUGAUGAAGGUGAAAGAAAUGUUUUCCUAGUAAACUAUGUUGAUUAUGCUUUUGAUGAUUUUGGUGGUCGUCAACCACCAGUGUAUCCGGGUUUGUCAACAGUGUGGGGAAGUUUGGCCCGCAGUAAGGCCAAAGGGUACCGUGUUGGACCAGUUUAUGAUGAUGUCUUGGCCAUGGCUUGGUUUUUCCUUGAGCUAAUUGUCAAAUCAAUGGCCUUGGAGCAGACUCGGUUGUUCUGUCAUAAUCUUCCUAUGGGCGAUGAUGUUCCACCAAUGCAGUUGAAAGAAGGUGUUUUCAGAUGUAUAAUGCAAUUGUAUGAUUGUCUGUUAACAGAAGUUCAUGAGCGCUGCAAAAAGGGUCUAGGAUUGGCCAAAUAUCUGAACAGUAGUUUGGCCUUCUUUUGUUAUGAUCUUUUAUCGAUAAUUGAGCCUCGCCAAGUUUUUGAGCUGGUGUCCUUGUACCUAGACAAGUUUUCUGGGGUGUGCCAAUCAGCGCUGCAUGACUGCAAGCUAACAUUUUUGCAAAUUUUAUGUGACCACGAUCUUUUUGUGGAAAUGCCUGGACGAGAUCCUUCAGAUAGGAACUAUCUUUCAUCUGUUCUAAUACAAGAGAUUUUCGUUACUUGGGAUCAUGAUGAUUUAUCUAUGAGGGCCAAGGCAGCUAGAACUUUGGUGGUUCUUUUGUGCAAGCACGAGUUUGAUGUUCGUUACCAGAAGCCUGAAGAUAAAUUAUAUAUAGCUCAAUUAUACUUUCCCCUUGUAGGCCAGGUGUCCUUGUACCUAGACAAGUUUUCUGGGGUGUGCCAAUCAGCGCUGCAUGACUGCAAGCUAACAUUUUUGCAAAUUUUAUGUGACCACGAUCUUUUUGUGGAAAUGCCUGGACGAGAUCCUUCAGAUAGGAACUAUCUUUCAUCUGUUCUAAUACAAGAGAUUUUCGUUACUUGGGAUCAUGAUGAUUUAUCUAUGAGGGCCAAGGCAGCUAGAACUUUGGUGGUUCUUUUGUGCAAGCACGAGUUUGAUGUUCGUUACCAGAAGCCUGAAGAUAAAUUAUAUAUAGCUCAAUUAUACUUUCCCCUUGUAGGCCAGAUUCUGGACGAAAUGCCUGUCUUCUAUAAUCUGAGUUCAAUUGAAAAGCGUGAAGUGUUGAUUAUUAUCUUGCAAAUCAUACGCAACUUGGAUGAUGCCUCUCUUAUCAAGGCUUGGCAGCAAAGCAUUGCUCGUACCAGAUUAUUUUUCAAACUCUUGGAGGAGAGCUUGAGUAGUUUUGAGCACAGAAAACCCGAUGAUGGUAUGCUUAUUGGCAGUAGUUCUCGCAGCACACUAGGAGAUAAACCCAUAUCCCCAAAGUAUUCUGAGAGACUUUCCCCUGCAAUUAACCACUAUCUGUCGGAGGCUGCACGUCAAGAAGUUGGACCUCAGGGGACACCUGAAAAUGGGUAUUUCUGGCAGAGAGUCAACUCCCAACUAAGCUCACCUAGUCAACCAUAUUCCUUGAGGGAAGCUCUUGCUCAGGCACAAUCGUCCAGAAUCGGAGCUUCAACCCAAGCAUUAAGAGAAUCUUUGCACCCAAUAUUAAGGCAAAAACUGGAACUUUGGGAAGAAAACCUGAGUGCUGCUGUCAGUCUUCAAGUUUUAGAAAUAUUAAAUAAAUUUUCGGGGACUGUAGGUUCUCAUACGAUUGCCACUGACUAUGGGAAACUUGAUUGCAUUACAUCUAUAUUUAUGAGUGUCUUUUCGCGUAAUCAACCACUGGUUUUCUGGAAAGCCCUCUUUCCAGUGAUUAAUAGUGUCUUUGAGCUUCAUGGAGCAACGCUAAUGGCAAGGGAAAAUGAUCGUUUUAUAAAGCAAGUUGCUUUCCAUCUUCUCCGGCUUGCAGUUUUCCGGAAUGAAAAUAUUAGGAAGAGGGCUGUUAUUGGGCUUCAGAUACUUGUUCGGUGUUCUUUCUCUUACUUUAUGCAGACAGAAAGACUACGAGUUGUGCUAACUAUUACAUUGUCAGAGUUGAUGUCUGAAGUCCAAGUGACACAGAUGAAAUCUGAUGGAACACUUGAAGAAAGUGGAGAAGCUCGUCGUCUUCGAAAUUCAUUGGUGGAAAUGGCAGAUGAAUCUAAAAGUGUCAGCAUAUUGAUGGAGUGUGGUCUUCCUGAAAAUGCACUUGUCACUACUUCUGAAAGAUUAGAGAACCUUUGGUCCUGGUCAGAAGUAAAGUCUCUCUCAGACAGUCUUCUAUUGGCUCUUGAUGCUAGUCUGGAACACGCACUUUUGGCAUCCAUCAUGACCGUGGACAGAUAUGCUGCUGCAGAGAGUUUUUACAAACUUGCAAUGGCAUUUGCUCCAGUUCCAGAUCUUCACAUAAUGUGGUUAUUGCAUCUAUGUGAUGCACAUCAGGAGAUGCAGUCUUGGGCUGAAGCAGCACAGUGUGCUGUUGCUGUUGCUGGUGUUGUGAUGCAAGCCCUUGUGAGUAGGAAUGAUGGAGUGUGGAGAUCAGAUCACGUGACUGCAUUAUGCAAAAUAUGCCCCAUAGUCAGCGGUGAAAUAACUUCUGAGGCCUCGUCAGUUGAGGUAGAAGGAUACGGUGCUUCAAAACUUACUGUUGACUCGGCUGUGAAGUACCUGCAACUUGCAAAUAAGCUUUUCUCUCAAGCUGAGCUCCACCAUUUCUGUGCGAGUAUUCUCGAACUUGUAAUCCCAGUUUAUAAGAGCAGAAGGUCAUAUGGACAGCUAGCCAAAUGCCACACAAUGCUAACCAAUAUCUAUGAGUCAAUUCUAGAGCAGGAAUCAAGCCCCAUACCAUACACAGAUGCAACAUAUUAUAGGGUUGGGUUCUACGGCGAAAAAUUCGGGAAGCUCGAUAGAAAAGAAUAUGUUUAUAGGGAGCCUCGUGAUGUACGGUUAGGUGAUAUAAUGGAGAAACUUAGUCGUAUAUAUGAAUCAAGAAUGAAUGGUACAACAUUACACGUAAUCCCAGAUUCUAGGCAGGUCAAAGCUGAUGAACUGCAGAAUGAAGUUUGCUACCUUCAGAUAACUGCAGUUGAUCCAGUUAUGGAAGAUGAGGAUCUGGGAAGCAGAAGGGAAAGAAUAUUCUCACUCUCUACUGGAAGUGUCCGUGCACGGGUCUUUGAUCGCUUUUUGUUUGAUACUCCUUUCACUAAAAAUGGGAAGACCCAAGGUGGGCUGGAAGACCAAUGGAAGCGGCGCAGCGUAUUAAAGACUGAGGGUUCUUUCCCUGCCCUAGUGAAUCGUCUACUGGUUAUCAAAUCAGAAUCACUGGAGUUUUCGCCAGUAGAGAAUGCAAUUGGGAUGAUUGAAACACGAACAGCUGCCCUAAGAAAUGAACUUGAAGAGCCUCGUAGCUCAGAAGGGGAUCAACUCCCACGUCUCCAGAGCUUACAGAGGAUACUUCAAGGCUCUGUUGCAGUUCAAGUGAACAGUGGAGUGCUUAGUGUUUGUACAGCUUUCCUGUCUGGCGAGCCUGCAACAAGGUUGCGGUCACAGGAGCUGCAACAACUGAUCGCUGCUCUUCUUGAAUUUAUGGCUGUUUGUAAGCGUGCAAUCCGUGUGCACUUCAGAUUAAUUGGUGAGGAAGAUCAAGAAUUCCACACACAGCUUGUCAAUGGAUUUCAGUCACUAACUGCAGAAUUGUCUCAUUACAUCCCUGCCAUUCUUUCCGAACUUUGA